AUGUCUAAGGCACAAAGAUCUAUAUUCGUUGGAAAGAAGACUUACCUCGACGAAUUAACCAAUGACCUCAAGGAAAUUGCUUUCCACUGUCGAAUGAAGGGAAUCACACAGGACGUAAUUGCACUUACUGCAAACCAAAUGUUCCCAGAUGCGAUACAAGUACAUUAUGACGAGAAGAAAGGUUUGUUCUUCCCUGAGAAAGUUGGGGAAAAAUAUAGCAUCGUGGAAUUGUACAAAUCUCUUUAUGAAGGUGAUGAGAUAACCUUUGACUUGUGCAUUGGUUCGAAACCAUGCUUCAACAAAAAUAAGGACUUCACUAUUUCAACGAAGUCAUCUUUUGAACGUAAGUUAAAGUUCUAA